AUGAAAUCCGAAGUUGGAGGUUACGAAGUUGAAUUUACCGCUCUAACAGAAGGAUCAAUCAUUGCAGCCAAAACUGCCCCCGAUCUUCAUUACCCAUCAAGAUGGAAAAUGUUAAAAGAACGUGUCUUAAUUGAUGAAAACGUCCCGCCUUCAAAUGAUUUUGGGUGCAAGUAUAGUGUACACAGAAAUCUUACAGAUGAUCGUAAUAGGCUGAACAUUUUUAAUUGA